AUGCGACACAAAGAAGUCGAGACCAGUCCAGGGUUGGCUGUCUCAGUGUCUCCAUCUCUGCGUGUCUCCUUGUCCCCACCGCUCCACGUCUCCGUGUCUCCAAGGGGGGGGAGGGGGGGGGAGGGGCCCUCGUCGUCGUGGCGCGAGACGGCGCGGUGGAUCAAGUUCGAGGAGUCGUUCGAAGCGGAGGCGGCGCGCUGGGGCAAGCCGCGCGUCUCCUCGCUCAGCUUCCGUGCCCUCCUCGAGCUCCGCAAGAUCCUGGCCCACGGCGUGGUGCACCUGGACGUGGCCGAGGCGACCCUGCCAGGGGUCGCGGCGAGACUCACCCAGCUGCUCGCCGCCAGCGCCAUCAUCCGGGCACGUGACCGUGACCCCCUGCUCCGUGCACUCACCCAGCGCCACAGCCUGCCGUGUGACUGUGAGCCGGCGGCCGCCGCUUUGCUCCGCAGCGGCCUCGGCUCCCUGCGCCUGCGGGCCAGCAGCUGGCGCCGCGGCGCCGUGCGGGGCGGGCCGGGCUCAGCCCCCGGCUCGGCCCCCGGCUCGGCCCCCGGCUCGGCCCCCGGCUCGGCCCCCGGCUCGGCCCCCGGCUCGGCCCCCGGCUCGGCCCCCGGCUCGGCCCCCGGCUCGCCCGGCAGGGGCCCAACGCCGCCCGGGGCCACCGCCGCUCACCGCGACGUGGAGGCCGCACGGUGGCCCAAGCGGAGCCUCACGUUCACGGCGGCCGACCGUCGGCCCAAGCUGCUAGAGAAGAUCCCUCACGGAGCUGAGGCCACGCUCGUUCUCGUGGGCCACGCCGAGUUCCUGGCGCAGCCGGCGGCCGCGUUUGUGCGUCUGCGCCGUGGCGUGGUGCUGCCCGGCGUGCUGGAGGUGCCGGUGCCCACACGCUUCGUCUUUCUGCUGCUGGGGCCCCGGGCCGCGGGCCUGGACUACCACGAGAUGGGCCGCUCGCUCGCCGCGCUCAUGUCCGACAAGGACUUCCACGACACGGCUUACCGCGCGGACGACCGCCGCCAGCUGUUGUGCGCCAUCAACGAGUUCCUGGACAGCAGCGUGGUGCUGCCCCCCGCCGAGCUGAGCGACCACGAGCUGCUGGGGCCCGUGCCGUCGUUCCAGCGCGCCGUGCUGCACAAGCGUCGGCAGCAGCGGAGCGCCGCGGACGAGGACAACCAAAAGCCCUCGCUUGACGGCAAAGCUCCGGCCGCGGAGGCGUCCGGCGGCGGCGGCGGCUGUGGCAGUGGCGGCGGCGGCGAUGGCGGUGAUGACGAGGAUCCACUGCGACGCACCGGCGUGCCGUUCGGCGGGGUGUGGUGCGACAUGAAGCGACGAUACGGCCACUACGCUUCCGACCUGCGUGACGCCUUCAACGUGCAGUGCCUCCCGGCGAUGAUCUUCAUCUACUUCGCAGCCCUCUCGCCCUGCAUCACCUUCGGCGGCCUGCUCGGGGAAGCGACGGGGAACCUCAUGGGGGUCUCCGAGCUGGUGGUGGCCACCUCCACGCAGGGCAUCCUCUUCGCUCUCCUCGGAGCGCAGCCGCUCCUCAUCAUCGGCUUCUCCGGACCCCUGCUCGUCUUCGAGGAGGCCUUCUUUUCUUUCUGCGAGUCCAACUCGCUCGACUACCUGACGGGCCGCGUCUGGGUGGGCCUGUGGCUCGUGCUGCUCGUUCUCGUGCUCGUCGCGGCCGAGGGCAGCUUCCUGGUGCGCUACGUCUCGCGCUUCACCCAGGAGAUCUUCGCCUUCCUCAUCUCGCUCAUCUUCAUCUAUGAGACCUUCGAGAAGAUCUACGAGAUCUUCCAGGACCACCCGCUGCUGAGCGACCACGUGGGCGGCGUGGGGCCCCCCGCGGUCGCCUGGAACUCGAGCGAGGCCCCCGGCAACUCGUCGGCGUCGCUGGGGGCGACCGCGUGCCGGCCAGUGGCGGACGAGGAUCCCCGGGGCUGCCCCAACACGGCGCUCAUGUCGCUCGUCUUCAUGGCAUCCACCUUCUUCAUCGCCGUUUACCUCCGCAAGUUCAAGAACAGCCGCUUCCUGCCCGGCGUGGUCCGGCGGGCGAUCGGAGAUUUUGGUGUCGCCAUCGCAAUCAUUGCCAUGGUGCUCAUCUCUCUCGCGGUGAAAACCACUUACCUGCAGAAGCUGGUGGUGCCGAGCGGCGUGUCGCUGUCGGAGCCGAGUCAGCGCGGCUGGUUCAUCAGCCCCGCGGGUCCCUCCGGCCGGCCCUUCCCCGUGUGGAUGAUGUUCGCGGCCGUCAUCCCCGGCGCGCUCGUCCUCAUCCUCGUCUUCAUGGAGACGCAGAUCACCACGCUGAUCCUGGCUAAGAAGGAGCGCCGACUGGUCAAGGGCUCGGGCUUCCACCUCGACCUGCUGCUCAUCGCGCUCAUGGGCGGCGUGAGCGCGCUGCUGGGCCUGCCGUGGCUCACGGCCGCCACGGUGCGCUCCGUGAGCCACGCCAACGCGCUCACCGUCAUGAGCCGGGCCACGGCGCCCGGGGAGCGUCCACGCACCGAGCGCGUCUUGGAGCAGCGCCUCACCGCACUCGCCGUCGCCCUGCUCGUCGGCCUCUCGGUGGUGCUGGGCGACGUGCUGAGCCACAUCCCGCUGGCCGUGCUGUUCGGCGUCUUCCUCUACAUGGGCGUCACGUCGCUGAGCGGCGUGCGCAUGGUGGAGCGCAUGCUGCUCGCUCUCAAGCCCACCAAGUACCACCCGGAGCGCCGAUACGUCACCGCGGUGAAGACAUGGCGUAUGAACAUGUUCACCGCCAUCCAGGUGCUGCUGUUGGCCGUGCUGUGGGCCGUGCAGCUCACCCCGGCCGCGCUCGCCUUCCCCUUCCUGCUCAUCCUCACCGUGCCCUGCCGCUGGCUCCUCCUGCCGCGCAUCUUCUCCGCCAAGGAGCUGCAAGCGCUGGACGGAGAGGAGAGUGAGCCGACGUUUAACGAGGAGGAGGGGCAGGACGAGUACGACGAGCUGGCCAUGCCCGUGUGACCUCGGUCGCUCGGCAACCCCCUGCACCCCACCCCUCAUCUAUCGCCAUGGCAACCGAGGCAUCCUUGGUUAUGGACCUAUGUGGACACUGAUGGAUAUGGGGGGUGGGGUGGGGGAGGGCGUGGGGGGGGGGGGGUGGGGAGAGAGGUGGGGUGUUGGUGUGGAGGAAGACGCUCAACGAGGGGACAACAUCGCGCCCGGUCUUCACUCCGCACGUGGGAAUUCCCUCCCGCCGGCCGCCUCCGCCGUCCGCCUCGCAUCGACGCUGGGCUGCGCACGCCAACCACGGCAUCGCCAGCGCACACACGCGGCGCCCGUCACCCCCUCGCCCUCCAGCCCUCGCCAGCCCUCGUGCCCCCGAGGGGAGGCCCGCAGCAGAGGCGGAGCCACGUGCGGUCGUGCGGCCUGAGCCACCACGUGGCGUGCGAGGGACGGUGAUGGCAUGCGGAGGCCUUUAUCCAGCAGUGGACAGAACAUGGCUUAAGAUGAUGAUGAUGGUCAGCGUGAUGAUGAUGAUGAUGAUGGUGACGUCUUCAUCCGGCAGUGGACAGACCGUGGCUCGUGAUGAUGAUUGUUAUUAUGAUGAUGGCGAUGUCUUGAUCCUGCAGUGAACAGCCCAUGGCUUAUGAUGAAGAUGAUAUGAUGAUCAGCGUGAUGAUGAUGGUGACGUCUUCAUCCGGCAGUGGACAGACCGUGGCUCGUGAUGAUGCGUGACAAUAAGUACAUUGAUAAUCUUCUAUGACUUGAACGUCACGUGCCAUGGCUGUCACUGACUCGUGCUCACAAGACCGAUUAAUCGGUGCAAAUUCAGCGAUGUAUGCGUACAUUUUAGCAAACCAUUAUUAUAAUGACUGCCGAGAAAACGGCCCCAUUGUUUUGUACGUGUUGAAGUUUUAACUUGUGACUGCAUCUCUCUCACUCAGCCACGCAGCUGAAGUAAUGUACCCUCCAUUGCGUGAAACGGGUGGUUAACUCAUUCACCGUUAAUAAGGGGCGGGUAUGCUGCUCUCAUUAACGUCGCCACUGUACCAGGGAUUGAACCUCGUGCCGCUGUUGUUCUCCGUGCGUUAUGUUGGAAGCCGCAUCGCUGGUGUCCGUCACUCAAACGGGUGUUGAACUCUGCCCUCCACAUUCACUGAACCAGGAGUUGAACUCAUCACUCUGCCACUGAACAAGAUAACCCAUCACUCGUCAAACAGAAAAACUCAAGGGCAGCCAUUGACGGAUAUGUGGACCACGGACAACACCGUCUAUUGACAUCAGUACCACGGACAGCACCCUCCCUAUUGAUAUCAGUUCCACAGACAGCGCCCUCCCUAUUGACCUCAGUACCACGGACAGCACCCUCCCUAUUGAUAUCAGUACCACGGACAGCGCCCUCCCUAUUGAUAUCAGUACCACAGACAGUGCCCUCCCUAUUGACAUCAGUACCACGGACAGCGCCCUCCCUAUUGAUAUCAGUGCCACGGACAGCGCCCUCCCUAUUGAUAUCAGUACCACGGACAGCACCCUCCCUAUUGACAUCAGUACCACGGACAGCGCCCUCCCUAUUGAUAUCAGUACCACGGACAGCGCCCUCCCUAUUGAUAUCAGUACCACGGACAGCACCCUCCCUAUUGACAUCAGUACCGCGGACAGCACCCUCCCUAUUGAUAUCAGUACCACAGACAGUGCCCUCCCUAUUGACAUCAGUACCACGGACAGCACCCUCCCUAUUGAUAUCAGUACCACGGACAGCGCCCUCUCUAUUGAUAUCAGUACCAUGGACAGCGCCCUCUCUAUUGAUAUCAGUACCAUGGACAGCGCCCUCCCUAUUGAUAUCAGUACUACGGACAGCGCCCUCCAUAUUGAUAUCAGUGCCACGGACAGCGCCCUCCCUAUUGAUAUCAGUAUCACGGACAGCGCCCUCUCCAUUGAUAUCAGUACCACGGACAGCGCCCUCCCUAUUGAUAUCAGUACCACGGACAGCGCCCUCCCUAUUGAUAUCAGUACCACGGACAGCGCCCUCUCUAUUGAUAUCAGUACCAAGGACAGCGCCCUCUCUAUUGAUAUCAGUGCCACGGACAGCGCCCUCUCUAUUGAUAUCAGUACCACGGACAGCGCCCUCUCUAUUGAUAUCAGUUCCACGGACAGCACCCUCCCUAUUGAUAUCAGUGCCACGGACAGCGCCCUCUCUAUUGAUAUCAGUACCACGGACAGCGCCCUCUCUAUUGAUAUCAGUGCCACGGACAGCGCCUUCUCUAUUGAUAUCAGUGCCACGGACAGCGCCCUCUCUAUUGAUAUCAGUGCCACGGACAGCGCCCUCUCUAUUGAUAUCAGUGCCACGGACAGCGCCCUCUGUAUUGAUAUCAGUGCCACGGACAGCGCCCUCUCUAUUGACAUUAACACCAGGGACAGCGCCCUCUCCACAUUACCGCAUCCUCCGAUCAGUACAAUGUACAGCUCCCUCUCUCCAUCACCGCAUACUCCGAUCAGUACAAUGGACAGCUCCCUAUAUAUUACCGUGUACUCCGAUCAGCACCACAUACAGCUCCCUCUCUACAUUACCGUGUACGCCUAUAAGCACCACGGGACAGCUCCCUUGUUAUUGAGAUGAGCACCCUAUUGUGACGAAUGCUUAAUCACUGAGAGCAUGGCCGGUGCUGGCUGCUUGGUGAACCACGCCACUUCGUGCUCGCUCUCGCACAGACAUCACUGGUCAGCAAUUGGCCUCGGUGGAGCGUCUGCGUCCACGCGCAUUUCAAGAUUUUGUCUCCGUCUUCGAAACCCUCUCUCUCUCUGUGUGCGCGUGUGUACAUAUGUACAGAAUAUAAAUGCCUUCUUUAAACGG